UUCUGUGUGAUAUGUGUGUUCUUUUUCUGAUGUGUGUUCCUUUGCUUCUGAGGUAACUAGGUGAGGUGAGGCUCGUCUAAAGAGAGCCAGUGAUACACAACUAGGAAACAACCAUUUCGUCCAGUGUUCAAGUUUUCGGAUUAGCCAUGGGUCUUGAUUACAGCUAUUCACAACCUUCACAGUCCGAGACGUUUGGUGGGGAUGGGUUCGACAGUGAGUACAACGAAGUAGAAGCUCUCAUUCAGGAGGACCAAGCUCAGUUAGAGUACGAGAACGCUCAGGCCUUUGUGUACCCUCCUCAGCCGGAGGUUGAGUUCGGCAUUCCACAGGUUUGCUACUGUGGGAGUGCACCGAAGAUAGCUACGUCUAAGGAUUUCCGCAGAUACUAUACUUGUGGUAAUGCAGAUGAUGGAGAGUGUCAUGUGUGGAAGUGGUGGGAUGAUGCUGUAAUGGAGGAGAUGAGAGCCAGGGAUCGACACACACUUUAGUUAGAUGAGAAGGUAGAUGCUCUGACCUUGUUGAGUGACUAUGACACUAACCAGAAGCUAUUUAGACUAGAGAACAUGGUCUGUGAGUUGGCUAAGAGUAGAUCAACGUGGAGUUUCGAGUCCUUAGUUGCGGCUAUGGUUAUUGUCUUAGUCUUCAUAGGCCUCGUCGUUGUGUUUAUCU